AUGGACGAAAAGGAAUACUAUGAAGAUGCCGAAAUCGAGGACAACUUUAAGGCCCUUCAGGUGCCGGCACUGUUCUCAAGUCGCCGUCGUUCCUCGCGACGAUCUGUUCGUUCAGCCUCUUCCGAAGACGUCCGAUAUACAAACAUUAAGACGCUUUUCAAGGACUUCUGCAAUAGGACUAGCUCACACGGUGUACCAUUCCUAGGAUCUCCUUCGUUCUUUGGAUGGCGCGUGUGGAUGGCAGUGUGCUUUUGUGCUGCUACCCUUUUCUUGUGCCAAACUUAUUGGACGCUUUCUGAUUAUUUCCAGUAUAGGACUAUUAUCGAAAUGCAGUUGAGGUUUGAAGCUGUGUGCAAUCUGAAUGCUUUCAAGUACAGCGAGCUCAUUCAAUACGAAGACAUCAAAGAAGGGUUCGAUCAUUGGGAAAGAGUCAUAAACGCCAAGGAAAUGAACGAAAUGCUACGUAAAGACGAACAGGAGAUGGAAACCGUUGAUCUUCGCCAAAAACGCACGCCGUUGAAUUUUCCAAUCGACGAACGCGAUAUCAAAGGAGCCGUCUAUCAGCCGAUAUUUGUUCGAUGUACAUGCUUGAAUAUGGAACAAUGCGUACCGAAUAGGAAUCCUCUCGAGGUGAACGCUUCAGUAUGCAUGUGUUUUGAAGACGUAACUAGAGGACUAAUAUGGCCGUGUUACCCAACGACCGCAUGGAGCGUUAAGGCCCAUUCAAUGAAUCCAUCCAUUUUCAAACACGUGCUCGAGGCCGCAAAGGAGAAUCAAGGCGAAAUUAAAUGGUGGAAUCCGAACAACUACACGAUUUAUCCGGUAACAGAACCUCCAGCCACCAUCAUGACGGAGACAGAACAGGCUUUUGGUCUGUUGGACCUCAAGACAAAGUGGGCCAUUACAACGCAGACUAAGGAAAAUCUGAUCUUUCUCGUGGCUGCUCUGCCACACGAGAAACUGAGACGGAAUCUCUCCUACACUCUCAACGAGUUCGUGCUCCGUUGUUCUUUCAACAGCAAAGACUGCAACAUGGAACGUGAUUUCAAGCUGCACAUCGAUCCUGAGUUCGGUAAUUGCUACACCUUCAACUUCAACGAUUCUGUCGAGCUGAAGAACAGUAGAGCAGGGCCUAUGUACGGGUUACGUCUUCUACUCGACGUUCACCAGGAUGAUUACAUGCCAACAACAGAAGCGGCGGGUGUACGCAUUGUGGUUCAUGAACAGGAUCAGGAACCGUUUCCGGACACUUUCGGGUACAGUGCACCAACAGGAUUCAAAGUGCUUCAUCGAAUGGAUGCCCCGUAUGGAUCGUGUAGCGAUACGUUCCGUCCAGAGCGAUACAUCUAUGAAGAGCAUUACUCUCCAGAGGGUUGCCAUCGAAACUGUUUCCAAUUGAAGGUGCUCGACCAGUGCGGUUGUGGCGAUCCGCGAUUUCCACUUCCAUCCGAAGAAAAGCGAUACUGCAGUGCGAAAAGUGUCGCUGAUAGACAAUGUCUAUCGAACCUGAUCAGCGCCUCAGGCGGCUACCAUCACCUUCAGCUCGAGUGCGACUGUCAACAGCCAUGUACGGAAAAUGUCUUCGAGACUGCCUACUCAGCAGCUGCAUGGCCAUCUGUGAACUUUAAAAUAGGUGUUGAUUGUCCUGCCGUCAUCGACAUUUUUAAUGAUAGUGCGGCUUGUACGGAAUACUAUCGAGUGAACACGGCUUACAUCGAGAUCUACUACGAACAACUGAAUUUCGAAACCCUAAAGGAGACUGCUGGCUAUACGGUACGGAACUUUGCGUCCGUCAUCGACAUUUUUAAUGAUAGUGCGGCUUGUACGGAGUACUAUCGAGUGAACACCGCUUACAUCGAGAUCUACUACGAACAACUGAAUUUCGAAACCCUAAAGGAGACUGCUGGCUAUACGAUGGUGAACCUAUUCUCCGAUUUCGGUGGCAACAUCGGUCUUUGGAUUGGAUUCUCUGUGAUCACUAUCUGUGAAAUCAUCGAACUUAUAUUCGAAAUUGGCUACUACCUGCUUUACAUCAAACCAGUGCGAUAUCAUAAGAAAGUGAAACGACGUAACCAAGAAGGAGCACUCUCGUUGCCUCAGCUGCUCAAUCGGCACGUCUACCAAAAUCGACCCAGUCUGCGUGACCAGGCAAAUCGACUUUCACACGUCGAAGAAGAUGGCUACGGA